AUGUCAUCAUCAACUGAAAAAAAUGGAUUUUCCGCAUCAAAAGGGAGAUUAAACGGUGAAGACUUUUGGCGUCCGGACGAUGACAAUCAGAACCAAUGGCUCCAAGUCGAUAUAGGCAAGAAGGAACUUUUUACAGCGAUUGCCACUCAAGGUUCUGGUUCUAAUCGUUAUUGGGUGAAGACUUAUUCGAUCUCUUACGGUGUGGAUAAAGAAAACCUCACUUCGUACAAAAUUAAUGCAACUCAGAAGGUAUUCGCUGCAAAUUAUGACAAGAAUUCUGUCGUAACAAAUCUAUUCUAUCCAGCAAUAAAUGCGCGUUAUAUUCGCAUACACCCAGUGUCUUGGUUUAAUCACAUAUCCUUGAGGAUCGAAGUUAUUGGUUGCUACACAGGUUUUUGCAACACCAGUGAGGUUCCACUUGGAGUAGAGGAUGGAAGAAUAAAGAAUUAUCAGAUGUCAUCAUCAACUGAUGAAAAUGGAUUUUCUGUAUCAAAAGGGAGAUUAAACGGUGUAGACUCUUGGUAUUCCACAAAGAGUGAUCAGAACCAAUGGCUCCAAGUCGAUCUUGGCAACCAGGAAAUUGUUACAGCAAUUGCCACUCAAGGUUCUGGUGGUAGUUUUUGGGUGAAGACGUAUUCGAUAUCUUACGGUGUGGAUAAAGAAAACCUCACUUCAUACAAAAUUAAUGCAACGUUAACUCAGAAGGUGGGAAGCAAAAUAGAUAAUAAUCCUAUUAUUGCAUUAUUGCACAAAGAGUCGGGAUUUUGUUUCAAUGCACUUUUCUGA